AGACAAGCGAGCUGUCUCGUUCGGUGCUCGCGCGGAGAGGAGCCAGGCAGGCAGGCGCAGGCAGGCAGGCGGGCAGACGGGCGUCACUCGUCUCGACUUGGACGAGAGCCGCCAUCGAUCGCAGGCCACGCUGCGGAGGGGGCUCUGGUGUUGCCAUGGAUACUCUUACUCUAUACCGUCAUAUCUUCCUGCAAUACUUAAACCAAACAAGAAAUGUGGUGAAUGAAAAAUGCUCUGGGAUGGAAUCCUGGCAAAUCAUCGCAUCAACAACGGCUGCUACCUUGCUGAUUGUGAAGAUAUACAUGUUUCUUUUCCAGCCAGAAAGUUUAACAUCACGAUUUAAAAAAUGGUUCUUCAGAUUUAUACGCAAGCUGCCCAUCAUUGGUCAUAUUAUACAGCAACAGAUGGUUAAGACUUUGGAUGAAAUGUCUGCCAAAUUGCCCUUUUUGCAACACAAGAAAAAUUACUUCAGAAGCCUGCCAGCAACAGGUCUUAGCCAGCCAGAAUUGUUGAAGAAGAUGAAAGAGUACAGCACUUUAGGUAACGUACAUUGGGAAGACCGCAAAACAUCUGGGACCGUGUACAGUGGAGAUGAGAAACUUGUUAAUCUGCUUGUUAAGGUUUAUGAGGAAUUUGCAUGGAGUAAUCCACUUCAUCCAGAUAUAUUCCCAGGAGUGAGGAAGAUGGAAGCAGAGGUUGUGAGAAUGGCUUGCACACUUUUUCAUGGUGGACCUAGUUCAUGUGGAACUAUGACAUCUGGUGGAACAGAGAGCAUCCUGCUGGCCUGUAAAGCCUACAGAGAUUUGGCUUAUGAAAAAGGGAUAAAAUAUCCAGAAAUGCUGGUGCCAGUAAGUGCCCAUGCAGCAUUUGACAAGGCUGCCCAUUAUUUCAGGAUUAAGAUUCUGCGUAUUCCGUUGACCGAAUCGAUGCAGGUGGAUGUGAAGGCAAUGAAGAAAGCCAUUACCAAGAAUACAGCCAUGUUGGUCUGUUCAGCCCCACAAUUUCCUCAUGGAAGUAUUGACCCCAUUGAAGAAGUAGCAAAGCUUGCACUGAAAUAUGAUGUUCCCUUACAUGUGGAUGCCUGCCUGGGAGGUUUUCUCAUUGUCUUCAUGGAGAAGGCUGGGUAUCCUUUACAGCAGCAUUUUGAUUUCCGAGUGAAAGGCGUCACGAGCAUUUCUGCAGAUACGCAUAAGUAUGGCUAUGCUCCAAAGGGCUCCUCUGUGAUACUGUACAGUGAUAAGAAAUACCGGCAUUACCAAUUCUUCAUUGCUCCUGAUUGGCAAGGAGGAAUUUACCCCUCGCCCACUAUUGCUGGUUCCAGACCUGGAUGCCUUAUUGCAGCUUGCUGGGCUACCAUGGUGCACUUGGGGGAACAAGGUUAUGUGGAAGCCACCAGGAAGAUCAUCUCAACUACACGGUUUAUCGUAUCUGAGUUGCAGAAAAUGGACCACAUCAGUAUCAUAGGCAAACCAGAGGUGUCUGUCUUUGCUUUCAAGUCUGAUUCAUUUGACAUUUACCAAUUGUCAGCCCUGUUAAUAGCCAGAGGAUGGAAUCUUAAUAUUUUACAGUUCCCUCGAAGCAUUCAUUUUUGCUUAACACUGCUACAAACAGAACCUGGGGUGGCUGAACAAAUGGUGGAGGAUGUCAGAGAGUGUGUCUCAGAGAUCAUGAAGAAUCCAAAGGAAAAGAUCACUGGAUUGAGUGCAAUCUAUGGUAUGGCACAAGUCAUUCCUGACAGAAACCUAGUUUCAGAAAUUGCUGGUGGUUAUUUGGACAGCCUCUACAGCACAGAUUCUUUGACUGAUACGCACAUGAAUGGUUCUCCAAACUGAUUUUUAGUCAUAUAUUUCAACUGUUGGAUGAUGACACACUAAACAAUUCAAAGGAAAGAUAAUAUCACUUGGAAGUGUUUCUUCUGCAGAUACAGCUCACAAGGCAGCUUGAUCUGUUGACAUAACAUUCCCUCUUAAACACAGGUUCAACCCCUAGCUUAGAUUGGCUGUUCAGAUCUGUGGAACUUCAGGAAUACGCUCUCUCUCUCUUCUUUAACCUUUGAUAAUUAUUUGUAUUUCUUAUGAUGACUCACUGCUGCUUCUAGUUGUCCAAGAAACAGCAGGCUUAAGGGCAAUAUAAGUCUGUUCCAUCAUUGUUCAUGCUCAGGUGUUUUGAAUUACUUUAGUGGAUACAGUUCUCUUGGUUGUUGUUCACACUGAGCAGUGAAUUCGACAAAAGGUUGCACAUAAACAUCCUUCACAGAUGAUAGGAUAAAGUCAGGGUGAGUGUUUAGUUCACUCUGUGGGAAUUUGCUCUGAAUGAGAGGAAAUGAUCAGAGGAAAAUAAGGUAUACUUCCUUCUUUCCUUGUACCUUCUGCUUUUCUCUUUCCCUAGAAUUUUUUUUUUACUGUGACAUCCUUCCUCCCCCCCCCCUGUAUUUGAGCCAUGGGGAUCCAUGAAGGUACUAAGGAUAAAACGGUUCUUCCAUAUAUAGGGGCUUUUGUCCUAGUUUCUGUGUUACUACAAUAGGAGAAAGCAGAUUGUAUUUUUCAGAAUCACUGAGAAGUUCAGCUUCUUCAAUUGUUCCAGUUCCUAGUUCUGCCAUUUUGUUAAGCGCCUUUAUGGACUCAGAGAACCAGUGACUCAGAAUGUAAUUAUUUGUAGGACCCAGAGCUCCUUUUCAAGUGUUGCACUGAUUUAUCAGACACAUUCUCAAGAGAGCACACAUAGAUUUGCCUUAAAUGCUGAGAGCAUCUCCACUCAGAAGCCAAGCAGAUGAUCAAAUCAACAGAUGAUCACCUGCUUUAUGGUACUAUAUUGAAAAUAACCUCAAUCUCAGGUAUCAUAUACUCAUCUUCAGUGUUUCAUGAUAUCUCAGCUCAGUCCACCUGUAGAUAGCACUUUGCAACUGUGAUGGGGAUACCUGUGGUCUAGAAGCUUGACCUCUAAUGGAUUAGGGAUAUUGUUUGUUUCCCAUUGUUUAGUUUGCUUCUAAAAAUAACUGUGGCUCCAGUGGGCCAUUCAUGGGCCAAAUGGCAGACACAUUAACUUUUUAUUCGAAGGCUUGAAGUGUAAAGCUAGGUUCACCAGCCUAGUUUUACAGAGGUGAAUGGAGAACAGUUCCAUUCAAACUUUCUAUAUAGAUUAGUUUGCUAGAUCAGUCACGGUCCCUUUACUUUUUGUCAGCAGUAGUUCACUGAGAAAAAAACAUAGAAUCAAGUCUUUUAGUGGUAUAGAUUCAUAUUCCUUUCAGUUAUUAUUGUACAAUCCUUUGUAACUUCAUGAAUUCAGGGUCUAUGUUAUGUGAAUCUUUGGAUUAAUCAUUUAUCUCUUCCUGGCCAUCUUUCUAUUUCAGUUUUGAAUGGAGUGAAUACAAAAUAACUUAAUGGUUAAUUGCCUGAUGUAUGUGUAUUGACUAGUUUGAACAAAUACGGUUUCAAAUACAUUAAAAAAGGAAAACUCGAUUGCAUCCCUCGCACAUAUGUAAUUUAAUGAACUGUUUUCAUUCAUGUUCUAGAACAGAAUGUUAAUUUUGUAAGAUCUUAAUUUCAGCUUAAUACUGAUACAUGUUCAAAACUGCUUUGUUUCAAUACUUAACCCAUGUAUACUUUCUCAUGCAUCUUGUACAUGUUUUCGGAUUUAAAAUAAAUGUUAUUUUCUUCCUCAACUUCCAAGUUUAAAA